UUCAAGAUUUUUUUCCAAGAUUUUUUCCUUAUAUUUUUCAACAAUAAUUUUGUUUGUUGCCCAAGAUUAUCUUAAUAAACCCUCUUUCUUCUUCUUCAUCAUCAUCUUCUUCUUCCCUCUUUUCUUGAACAAUCUUAAAGAGAAUCCCUUUCAUGGCGACUAAAGAUGGCAGUAUCAAAUUUGAAGAGGAAUAUAUAGUGAAUUCUCGAGGAGUAAAACUUUUCACAUGUAGAUGGGUGCCUGAAAAUUCCCAGCCAAAAGCCUUGAUCUUCUUGUGCCAUGGAUAUGCAUUGGAGAGCAGCAUCUCCAUGAAAGGUUGUGCUAUUCGGCUUGUGAAUGCUGGUUAUGAAGUUCAUGGUAUAGACUAUGAAGGGCAUGGAAAAUCAUCUGGUCUACUUGGUUACAUCCCUAGUUUUGAUAAUCUCGUCGAUGACUGCUCCGAACACUUCACAAAUAUUUGCGAGAAGGAGGAGAAUGUGAAAAGAAUGAGGAUUAUAAUGGGAGAAUCAAUGGGAGGGGCUGUUGUUCUACGUUUACACAGGAAGAAACCUAAUUAUUGGGACGGUGGCGUCCUCGUAGCACCAAUGUGUAAGAUUGCAGAAGAUAUGAGACCAAGUCCAUUGGCGAUCAAAGUGUUAACUAUGCUCACCAACGUGCUCCCAACAUGGAAACUUACCCCAACUCAAGAUAUCGUGGACCUCGCCUUCAGAGAUCCUCAAGUGAGAAAGGAGAUUAGAUCCAAUCCAUAUGCCUACAAAGGUCGGCCUCGUCUUCAAACUAGCUACCAACUAUACAAUGCCAGCCUGGAUUUGGAGAAAAGACUUGAAGAGGUUUCAUUUCCAUUCUUGAUUCUGCAUGGAGAAGAUGACAAGGUGACCGAUCCAUCGGUGAGUAAAAUUUUGUAUGAGUCAGCUCGAAGUGAAGACAAGACCUUCAAGCUGUAUCCGGGCAUGUGGCAUUCUCUUUCCUAUGGCGAGUUACCGGAGAACCUCGAUAUUGUUUUUUCUGACACUAUCUCAUGGUUGAACGAGAAGGUUUCCUCGGGUAAUUCGAGGAUUGAAGAGGAACAGAAACUUGCAAAUGAUCACAAUGCACUUAAGAAACCCGAAUCCAGCAAGAACGAAAGUUAAUUUCCUUGACUCCAUUCUUGGAUUAUCACGUUUCGUUAUGCUAAUGUUUGUGCAGCAAUGUAGCUCCUGUACAAUGUAAAUAAAAAA